CCUUCACGGAAGUCAGCAGCUCUGAGGCUGAUGAUGAUGGCGGCCUCGUCAGCCUAGCAUCAGGAAGAGGAUGUUUGCCUCCCGUGAAGGAAUAAUAUCACCUGAUGUGAAGAGUUUAUAACAGAGUCAACUAUCGUACACAUUUUCUGUCGAGCUCACUGGGCUUUAGAAGGCCCAUUCCCUCGCCUGGAGCCAGCUUUUGCGACUUUGAAGCCGGGUGCUGCUGGUUAAGAUGUCCCUGUUCCAGUCGGCACUGGAUUUCCUAGCCGGGCCCGGCUCGUCCGGAGGGGCCGGCCGGGACCAGAAUGACUUCGUCGGACAAGUGGUGGAGCUCGGCGACAUGAAACUGAGAAUCAAGAGGGUGAUCGCGGAAGGUGGAUUUGCUUUUGUGUAUGAAGCUCAGGACAUGAGCAGUGGUAAAGACUAUGCUCUCAAGAGGCUGCUGUCCAACGAAGAGGAGAAGAACAAGGAAAUCAUACAGGAAGUCUGCUUCAUGAAAAAACUGUCUGGUCAUCCCAACAUGGUUCAGUUCUGCUCUGCUGCCUCCAUCAGCAAAGAGGAGUCUGACACUGGACAGGCCGAGUUCCUGAUCCUCACUGAACUGUGUAAAGGUCAGCUGGUGGACUUUAUAAAGCGGGUCGAGCAGAGGGCUCCCCUGUCAUGUGACACUGUACUGAAAGUCCUCUACCAGGCGUGUCGUGCCGUGCAGCACAUGCACAAACAGAAACCUCCAGUCAUACACAGAGACCUCAAGAUUGAGAACCUCUUGAUUAGUAACCAGGGCACCAUCAAGCUCUGCGACUUUGGCAGCGCCACCAUAGUGUCACAUUACCCCGACUACAGCUGGACAGCACAGAAGAGAUCCAUGGUGGAGGAUGAGAUCACAAGGAACACAACUCCAGCAUAUAGAACACCAGAGAUGAUCGAUCUCUACUCCAACUUUCCGAUCAAUGAGAAACAGGACAUCUGGGCCCUGGGAUGUAUCCUCUACCUGUUGUGUUUUAAGCAGCAUCCCUUCGAAGAGGGGGCCAAGCUGCAAAUUGUCAAUGGGAAAUACUCCAUUCCUCAGAACGACGUCAAGUACACGGUGUAUCACGACCUCAUACGUUCCAUGUUGAAGGUCAACCCAGAGGAGCGUCUGUCGAUCACAGAGUUGGUCAACCAGCUCCAGGAGAUAGCAGCAGCACGCAACGUCAACCCCAAGUCUCCCAUUACAGAGCUGCUGGAACAGAAUGGAGGUUUUGGUAACAAUGGAGCACAGCCGCCGAUGCAGAUCCACAAUAUCCACAACAAUGCAGGCAUGUAUGAUCCUGAUCAGUCAGGCAGUGGCCUGUUUGAUAUCUUAAAAGGAGGAACUGAGCGCUUCCUGACCAACAUAAAGGACACUUCCUCCAAGGUCAUCCAGUCAGUAGCCAGCUAUGCCAAAGGUGACCUGGAUAUUUCAUACAUCACGUCUAGAAUAGCAGUCAUGUCCUUCCCAGCAGAGGGGGUGGAGUCUGCGAUAAAGAACAACAUUGAGGAUGUCCGUCUUUUCCUGGAUUCUCGUCAUGCUGGUCACUAUGCGGUUUACAACCUCUCCAAACGAUCAUACCGGCCGUCGCGAUUCCACAAUAGGGUUUCAGAGUGUAACUGGCAGGUGCGCCGUGCCCCCAACCUUCGCAGUCUCUACAGUGUUUGUAAAAAUAUGCAUCUAUGGCUCAAACAAGACCAGAGGAACAUCUGUAUAGUCCACUGUCUGGAUGGCAGGGCAGCAUCAGCUGUGGCUGUUUGCUCCUUCCUGUGCUUCUGCCGCCUUUUCACCACAGCUGAAGCUGCUGUCUACAUGUUCUCAAUGAAGCGAUGCCCACCUGGCAUAUCCCCCUCACACAAGAGGUAUAUUGAGUAUAUGUGUGACAUGAUGGCAGAGGAGCCCAUCAUCCCACACAGCAAGCCAAUAGUAAUCCGCUCCAUCAUCAUGACGCCCGUGCCGCUGUUCAACAAGCAGCGUAAUGGGUGCAGGCCAUUCUGCGAAGUCUAUGUUGGAGACGAGAGGGUUCUCACGACAUCGCAGGAGUACGACAGAAUGAAGGAUUUUAAGACUGAGGAUGGAAGAGCCGAGAUUCCCCUCAAUGUGACAGUACAGGGAGAUGUACUAGUGGUGAUCUAUCAUGCAAGAUCUACCCUGGGAGGCCGUCUGCAGGCCAAGAUGGCAUCCAUGAAAAUGUUUCAGAUUCAGUUCCACACAGGCUUUGUACCCAGAAAUGCGACAAAUGUCAAGUUUAACAAGUACGAUUUAGAUGCCUGUGACAUCCAGGAGAAGUACCCCGACUUGUUUCAGAUCAACUUGGACAUUGAGAUGGAACCCAGAGACAGACCCAGCACCAAGACGCCACCAUGGGAUGGCUUCCAAACCAAGGGCCUCAAUCCCAAAAUCCUCUUCUCCUCUCGGGAUGAACAGCAGGAAAUCCUCAGCAAAUUUGGUAAACCGGAGCUGCCUCGUCAGCCAGGAUCCUCAGCAUUUUAUGACUCCGAGUUGCCCCAGCCAGUUCAGACUCCAGAUGGCCCCAGUGCAACAGAACCAGAAUCUCCUGUGAGCACAGAUACCAAUGCCAACAACUUCUUCCAAACACUGGACUGGGAAGAUGUGAGUGGUCGUCAGGAUGCUUCAGACAGUAAUGCAGGAGGAGCCGUGAACGACCAGGGGGACAUGAGUGAUCAAUCUGAAGGCGAGUCCUACUCUUAUUCUGCCCCCAGUGCAGAGCCACUGUCACGUGACCCCAGUGAACCACUAUUCGAUACUGACUUUGAGACGUCCCCUCCCGUCGCCCAGGAACCACCAAUCGGUGACACAGCAGAUCUCCUUGGGUUGAACUCUGAACCGGAACCUCCCUCUGUGUCCUCAACAUCCUCUGCUCCUCAUCAAGGCGGCCAGGGGGGACUGAAAGCUGCCUCCAGCAACAGCGACCUCCUUAACGACCUGUUUGCACCCCCUGCUGGUCAGUCCGGAGCUGGGCAGGAAGACUUGUUUUUCAGUGAGGCCACACCUGAAGCAAAAUCCGUGGGUGGUAACCUGUUUGAUCCGUUCGGGAUGGGAUCUGGCUCUGGCAUUGGUUCUAGUGCGGGUUCAUCUCGGCAGGCCUCUGGACCAGACCUGUUUGGAGACUUGCUGGGUUCUGAUGACUCUGCCACCAGUGGGUUUAAUUCAGGUCACACCAACCCCACUCCAGCUUCCAACACCAGCCUUUUCAACCUCAAUAAAGUUGGAAAUGAUGCACCAAAGAUGACAUCAUCAGCCAGCCAACCAGAUUUGCUGGGUGGUUGGGACAGCUGGUCAGCUGGCAACACCAAAGGCGUGAGUGCCUCAUCUAAAAAACCCAAGUACCCUAACACUGCGGCUGGUAUGUCCUCCAUCUCAAAGGCCAAGUCACAGACGUUUGAUCCUUUUGCCGACUUGGGAAACCUGGGCUCCACUUUGCCAGUUUCAUCCAGCAGCAAUUUUUCAGGUCCGCCUUUCAGCUCAAAGGCUCCUUCCUCUUCUUCUUCAUCCACCAACAAGCCCCAGGCCCAGCCCUGGCAGGCCGGUAGACCCACCUCAGCCCAGAGCAAACCCUGGAUUUCAGGAUCUGGAUCUGGAUCUGUUCCCAAAGUACCCUCAGCAACUCAGCUUGGAGGGACACAGCCGACCAAACCCAACUACAACCUGAACUUCACCAGUGUCAUUGGUGGGAGAGAGGAGAGAGGCGUCCGUGGGCCGGGGUUUGGCCCUAAGCCGAAGGUGAAGCAGGAUGAUUUUGGGGACCUGCUGUCGACUCAAGGUUUCGCCUCCACGUUUGAUAAGAAGGGACCCAGGACCAUCGCUGAAAUGAGAAGACAGGAGAUCACAAAAGACAUGGAUCCACUUAAACUACAGAUACUGGACUGGAUUGAGGGCAAGGAGCGAAACAUCCGAGCGCUGCUGUCGACCCUGAACACGGUGCUGUGGGAGGGCGAGACCCGCUGGAAGCCUGUGGGCAUGGCUGACCUGGUGACCCCCGACCAGGUGAAGAAGUACUACAGAAAGGCGGUGCUGGUCGUCCAUCCAGAUAAGGCGACAGGCCAGCCGUAUGAGCAUUACGCUAAAAUGAUCUUCAUGGAAUUGAAUGAUGCCUGGUCAGAGUUUGAGAACCAGGGAUCCAAAGCACUCUUCUAAAACCCUGGUCUGGAUCCCAGCUAGACCAGACCAGACCAGACUGCACUUGAUUUGGCCUUACCAAACAAGGGGUUAGACUGGGCCAGAUUAGACAGGACUGAGCCCACAUUGGGCCUUAGUGGGAAACGAGCCUCUGAGAGGUGUCCUCUCCACCAUUCCCUUCACUCCCUUCUUCUGUCUUUCCGCUCUUCUGUUUCUACAGUCAAAGGGAAAAAAAAAAGACCUUUUGCCUCACGUUUGACUGUAGUGGAAAAUUCCUCACUGGGUGUUAAAUCGCCAGUUACGUAUUGUGAAUAACUCACUGCCGACCCGUAUGAGUGCCUGAGUGGUGCUGCGAAGGAGAAAGGAAUGGGUGACAAUCACAAAAGGCAAAAAUUGGAAGGAAAUUGGAAAACACAAGGAAUUAUGAACUUACUACGACGACUAUCAUCGCAGUGCUGUCCAGAUAAAAGAUAGAAGCAACACUAUGUAACUUCUGCAGACAUGCUAUGACGGACGUUUGACUACAACUAAGUAUUUUAACUGGCUUCAGUUCAGCAUAACUUCCCUGGGCCGGAUUCUAGCAGUUUGAGUCUGACUUCUCACAGUGUUUAUACCCACUCACAAACUGAUAUUGUGGAAAGAUGUUCAAAGUGGUAAUGGUAGAGGCACCAUUCUUAUUAAGGUAAAAAAAAGGGCAGAGUUGCAGAGUGUUGCUUUAAUGAUUGUAUAUUGAUGAUAUGAAUUGUUAAGUUUGGGCUGUGGCUGGCUAAGUUUGCCUUUUGGUACUUUGUCGGUCAUUUUGCUCACUGGCUCAUCGAAAGAAAGUGGAAAAUAGAACUUUUACAAACAUGAUUUUGUUUGAAGUUUUUAAGCUGAGCUGCCUCAAAAAGAAAAAAAUCAAAAAAAAAAAAAGAAAA